AUGUCUUGGCAGCCCGCCCCCGAGUCGCUGAGGCAGCUCGCCGCAUGCCUCAAGGACUCCUUGAGUGGCUUCGACAAGAACGCUCAGAAGCAGGCGGAGCAGAUGCUCCAGCAGGCAAAGAACUCGCCCGACAUCAACAACUACCUUGCCUACAUCUUCUCCAGCUCUCAACCUCCCGAUGGCCUGCAAUGCACCGAGCAGGACUACCAUCUCGCCCGCUCGGCCGCUGGCAUCAUGAUCAAGAACAACGUCAGGUCCGAUUGGAAGUCCAUACCCGAGUCGAGUCUGCAGCUCGUCAAGCUCGCCGUUCCCCUCGGCCUGCAGGACAAGAACUCCCAGAUCCGCAAUUUUGCCGGAAACAUCGCCACAGAGGUCAUCAAAAGGGGUGGCCUUCUCACCUGGCCUGACUUGCUCCCGCAGCUGCUCGACAUGGUGGGUAACACGAGCGGGCAAGUCACCAACGAAGCUCAGGAGGGAGCCAUGUCUGCCAUGGCCAAGAUAUGCGAGGACAACGCCAAGAUGCUCAUGAGAGAAGUCAAUGGCCAACGACCCCUGAAUUUCGUCCUGCCCCAUUUUAUUGCCGCAACCAAGAGCCCCCUGCCCAAGGUCCGCGUCGGCGCUCUCACGGCCAUCAACGUCUUCACCCCACGCGAGUCGCAGGCCAUGCUCAACUCGGUCGACGACCUACUGCAGCAUCUCUUUGUUCUUUCAGGCGACGAAAACCCCGACGUGCGCCGACAAGUGUGCCGAGCCUUUGUGCAUCUCGUCGAGACCCGGCCCGACAAGCUGCAGCCCCACAUCGCGGGUCUCGUCGACUACAUCGUCUGCCAGCAGAAGAGCGAAGACGAGGACCUGGCUUGCGAGGCCGCCGAGUUCUGGUUGGCUAUAGGAGAGCACGAGAAUCUAUGGAAGGCCCUGCGGCCCUACCUCAACAACAUCAUCCCCGUCCUGCUCCGAUGCAUGGUCUACAGUGCCGAGGAAAUUGCCCUCCUGGGUGGUCUUUCAGAUGAUGAGGAGGAGGAAGAUCGCCAGGAGGACAUCAAACCAGCCUUUGCCAAGAAGAAUCUCAAAAGGACGGCCAACGGUGAGGGAUCUGCAUCGGCCGACCAGCCCAAGAACGGCGACGCGUACGAAAAGCUCAACGAAAUGGAUGAGGGGCUCGAGGAAGGCGAGGUCGAAGAUGAGUACGACGACGGCGACGAUGCGAACCCUGACGAGCGAUGGACAGUCCGCAAAUGCUCGGCCGCGGCCCUCGACGUCUUUGCUCGCGACUUCCAAGGCGCCGUGUUCGAGGCCAUCUUCCCCUAUCUGUCCCAAAAUCUCAAGCACGAAGAGUGGCCGUAUCGAGAGGCUGCCGUGCUGGCCCUUGGCGCGGUGGCAGAAGGGCAGAUUACCUGCUGGACGCUGGGCCGUUACUCGUCGUGGGCGGCGAACCUGGCUGAUCAGAGCCAAAAAGAACAGUACUUUGUGCCCCUGAUGGACGGCAUACUGCGCAAGAUGCUCGAUAAGAACAAAAAGGUGCAGGAGGCCGGCGCGUCGGCGUUUGCCAACAUCGAGGAAAAGGCCGGCAAGCACCUGGAGCCAUACUGCGGUCCCAUCAUUCAACAGUUUGUCCGAUGCUUCGCCAAAUACAAGGACCGCAACAUGUAUAUCCUCUACGACUGCGUCCAGACCCUUGCGGAGCGCAUUGGUCCGUUGCUCGCGACACCCGAGUUGGCGAACCAGCUGAUGCCAGCUCUGAUCACACGCUACAACGCCGUCUCUGACCAGUCCCGCGAGGUCUUCCCGCUGCUGGAAUGCCUGUCCUACGUCGCGCUGGCCCUGAGCCACUCAUUCGCUCCUUACGCUCCGCCCAUAUUCAUGAGAUGCGUCAACAUUAUCCACAUGAAUCUCGAGCAGAGCCUAGCUGCUGCCGGCAACGUGACUCUGGACCAGCCCGACAAAGACUUCCUCAUCACGAGCCUCGACCUCCUGAGCGCCGUCGUACAGGCCUUGGAAGACGAGAAGUCGGCCGAGCUGGUCAAGAACUCACCCCACCCCUUCUUUGAGCUGCUGGGCUUCUGCAUGGAGGACCCUACCGACGAGGUUCGGCAGUCGGCGUACGCCCUGCUCGGUGACUGCGCCAAGUACGUGUUCCCGCAGCUGCAACAGCACCUCCCCACAAUGGUCCCGAUUCUGCUCAAGCAACUCGACAUGGACAACGUCUUGGACGAAGAGAUGGACAGCGGAUUUGGCGUCGUCAACAACGCCUGCUGGUCCGCGGGCGAGGUUGCCAUGCAGCACGGUAAAGGCAUGACGCAGUGGGCGCCGGAGCUGCUCCAGCAGUUUGUGGAGAUCAUGAGCAACCCUCGGGUGCCCAAAGGCCUCAGCGAGAAUGCCGCCAUUGCGCUGGGCAGGCUUGGCCUGCACUCUGCCGAUGCGCUGGCACCCGCCUUGCCCACGUUCGCAGAAGACUUCCUGAACGCGAUGCAGGAAGUAGACCCGUCCGAGGAGAAGGCCACUGCGUUCAAGGGAUUUUCAAUAGUGGUGGGCCAGAAUCCUCAGGCGAUGGAAAAGGUCUUGAUGGACUAUUUUGUGUCCAUUGCGCAGUACCAGGACAUGAACCUGCGGAAUCCGAUCAAGCAAGAGCUGCAUGAAGUUUUUCAAAGCGUGCUCAACGUUUACAAGCAGAUGAUUCCACAGUUUCACGAGUUUAUCAGCCAGAUGCAGCCUCGGGACCAGCAGAACCUCAAGAACAACUAUUCCAUCUGA